AUGAAGAGCACUCUCCUCACCGCGGCCGUGCUGUUGGGCGCGGCCCAGGCCGAAGUCCACAAGCUGAAGCUGAAGAAGGUCCCCAUCGAGGAGCAGCUUAACUCUGUUCCUAUCGAGCACCAAGUCAGACAGCUCGGCCAGAAGUACAUGGGCGCCCGCCCUGACAGCCAUGCCGAUGCCAUGUUCAACCAGAAGCCCUUCACAAGCACUGGCGAGCACCCCGUGCCUGUGAGCAACUUCAUGAACGCUCAGUACUUCUCCGAGAUCGAGAUCGGUACUCCUCCCCAGACCUUCAAGGUUGUUCUGGACACUGGUAGCUCCAACCUGUGGGUUCCUUCCCAGCAGUGCGGCAGCAUUGCAUGCUACCUGCACUCCAAGUAUGACUCUUCGUCGUCGUCCACCUACAAGUCCAACGGCUCCGAGUUCGAGAUCCACUACGGCUCUGGCAGCUUGACUGGUUUCGUCUCCCAGGAUGACGUCUCCAUUGGCGAUCUCAAGAUCAAGAAGCAGGAUUUUGCCGAGGCCACCAGCGAGCCUGGCCUUGCCUUUGCCUUCGGCCGCUUCGACGGCAUUCUCGGUCUUGGUUACGACACCAUUUCCGUCAACAAGAUUGUCCCCCCCUUCUACAACCUUGUUAACCAGAAGGCUAUUGACGAGCCUGUCUUUGCCUUCUACCUCGGCGACACCAACGAGGAGGGCGAUGAGAGCGAGGCUACCUUUGGUGGCCUUGAUGACUCUCACUACGAGGGCAAGAUCACUUACAUCCCCCUCCGCCGCAAGGCUUACUGGGAGGUUGACCUCGAUGCCAUUACCCUUGGCGAUGAGACCGCUGACCUUGAGGGACACGGUGCCAUCCUUGACACCGGUACUUCUCUGAACGUCCUUCCCUCUGCUCUUGCUGAGCUGCUCAACAAGGAGAUCGGUGCCAAGAAGGGCUACAACGGCCAGUACUCUGUUGAGUGCUCCAAGCGUGACGAGCUUCCCGACAUCACCUUCACUCUCUCUGGCUACAACUUCAGCAUUUCCGCCUACGACUAUGUCCUGGAGGUCUCUGGCAGCUGCAUCUCCACCUUCCAGGGCAUGGACUUCCCCGAGCCGGUCGGCCCCCUUGUCAUCUUGGGAGAUGCCUUCCUGCGCCGGUGGUACUCUGUUUACGACCUCGGCAAGAACGCCGUUGGUCUGGCCAAGGCUAAGAAAUAA